UGCGCAUACUCUCAGAUUUAAGGGGGGAGGUUUGGAGCAGCUCGGACUCUCCGUCGUUUAACAGCGUUUUCUCCGGCAGGAAUUGGUCCAAAUACUUUGUGGGAUUCACCGAAGUCGCAACUGUUUCUGUACGAACACACCGCCGGCCGACAUUUUGUCUUUCGGGAUGUUUUCUGUUAAGAGGGAGUUGGAAGAAGUUUCUUUUUUCUGUACUGGGACGCAGUUUUUCUUUUUCCUCGGAGGUGAGCGAAACGUUUUGGGAUAAAAGAGACGACAGAAAAACUCCCGCACAGACUGCAGUCGCCUGGUUUCUGCUGGUUGGACCGGGGGGGGGGAGAUAGAGAAGAAGAAGAGGAUAAAAGUCUCAAAGGAAAUGUAAAAACCCAUUUAACUGCAUAAGAAGUGUUACGUUUCUCAGCACGCACAUUCUUUUCGUCUGGCGCACAAGUUUGGCACAAAUAUGCGCAAACCUGUUGGUAGUUUGGAGUAAAAGAGCUUCGAUUAAAUCUGGAUUUACUCUUUUUUUUUUUCUUUUUCUUUUCUGGGGAGUUUUUCCUUAUUAUUCUUCUUCUUCAAGCCUCCAAUCUCAGCUCAGUGAGUCUUCCUCAUCCGACCACCUCUGGCUGUUUCACAGCGUAGCACUGUGAAUGACCCGCCGCUGAUGCCCCAAAGGUCUGAAUGGAGUUCCAGUCGCAGAAAAGCCAACAGUUGUAGCUCCCUCAGCAGGAUGCUGAUGAGGCCAAGUAUACUUCUGUUUCUGGCUUUAUUCGCCCAGGUUUUAAGGACGCAGUGCCGGCCCGCCAGCGCUGAUGAAGUCUCUGUGGAAACACAAGCGGAGCUGUUCACGCUCUAUCUCGGGGACCGUCUGGACCUGACCUGCCCCGCCAGGGACUCCCCCCACGCCGUCAACUGGACCAAAGACCACGUGACGGUAGUGGACGGGGAACACACGCGCAUCCGCAACGGGCAGCUGGAGAUCGAGAGCGUGGAGCUGACGGACUCCGGCCUGUACGCGUGCACCACCUUCGGCAACCACAGCGACUACUUCAACGUCACUGUUGACACCCUGGCCUCGUCUGAGGAUGACGACGAAGAUGAAGAGUCUUCGUCAGAGGAAGCCAAGCUGUUGGGCAGUCAGAAACUGCUGCCGGAUGCCCCGCAGUGGGCAUAUCCAGAAAAAAUGGAGAAAAAGCUCCACGCUGUCCCAGCCAGUAAGACGGUGAAGUUUCGAUGCCAGGCCAGCGGCAACCCAACUCCCACGCUGAAGUGGUACAAGAACGGCAAAGAGUUCAAGAGAGACCAUCGCAUUGGAGGCUUCAAGGUCCGGGACCACAUGUGGACCAUCAUCAUGGAAUCUGUAGUACCCUCCGACAAGGGUAACUAUACCUGUGUGGUGGAAAACCAGCACGGCAGCAUCAACCACACCUACCAGCUAGAUGUAGUCGAGCGCUCUCCCCACAGGCCGAUCCUGCAGGCCGGCCUGCCCGCCAAUCGCACCGCGGUGGUGGGCAGCGACGUGGAGUUUGAGUGCAAGGUGUUCAGCGACCCUCAGCCUCACAUCCAGUGGCUGAAGCACAUCGAGGUCAACGGGAGCCGAGUCGGUCCCGAUGGUUUACCGUAUGUCCGUGUCCUCAAGCAUUCUGGGGUCAAUAGCUCGGACGCUCAGGUGCUGACGCUCUACAAUGUGACUGAGGAGGAGAGCGGAGAGUAUACAUGUAAAGUGUCCAAUUAUAUAGGAGAGGCCAAUCAGUCGGCCUGGCUGACUGUCACCAGAUAUGAGCCCACAGCUGUCACGCACUAUCCUCCAGCCAACCACACCUACCUGGAGGUCGUCAUCUACUGCGUCGGCUUCUUCUUCAUCGCCGUCAUGAUUGCCAUCGUAAUUAUCUUGAAGAUUCGCACCUCCUCGAAGAAGAGCGACUUCAACAGUCAGCUGGCCGUCCACAAGCUGGCUAAAAGCAUCCCGCUGCGCAGACAGGUAACAGUGUCUGUGGACUCGAGCUCCUCCAUCCACUCUGGAGUGAUGCUGGUUCGUCCCUCCCGCCUCUCUUCCAGCGGGUCUCCCAUGCUGUCGGGGGUGUCGGAGUAUGAACUGCCCCAGGAUCCCCGCUGGGAGCUUUCACGAGACAGACUUGUCCUCGGGAAGCCGCUGGGUGAAGGCUGCUUCGGUCAGGUGGUGAUGGGAGAGGCACUGGGUCUCGACAAAGAGAAGCCAAACCGUGUCACAAAAGUUGCAGUGAAAAUGUUGAAAUCUGACGCCACAGAGAAAGACCUGUCAGACCUGAUUUCGGAGAUGGAGAUGAUGAAGAUCAUCGGGAAGCACAAGAACAUCAUUAAUCUGCUGGGAGCCUGUACACAGGAUGGUCCUCUCUACGUGAUAGUAGAGUAUGCAUCCAAGGGCAACUUGCGGGAGUACUUGCGAGCUCGCCGCCCACCGGGCAUGGAGUACUGCUACAACCCAGACCAGGUCCCUGUGGAGAACAUGUCCAUCAAAGACCUGGUGUCCUGUGCUUACCAAGUGGCCCGAGGGAUGGAGUAUUUGGCCUCCAAAAAGUGCAUCCACAGAGAUCUCGCCGCUCGCAACGUUUUGGUAACGGAGGACAACGUGAUGAAAAUAGCUGACUUCGGCCUGGCGAGAGAUAUCCACCACAUCGAUUACUAUAAGAAGACCACCAAUGGUCGUUUGCCAGUCAAGUGGAUGGCUCCCGAGGCUCUGUUUGACCGGAUAUACACGCACCAAAGCGACGUCUGGUCAUUCGGGGUGCUGCUGUGGGAGAUCUUCACCCUGGGGGGCUCUCCGUACCCCGGCGUCCCCGUGGAGGAGCUGUUCAAGCUGCUGAAGGAAGGUCACCGUAUGGACAAGCCCUCGACAUGCACUCAAGAGCUGUAUAUGAUGAUGAGGGACUGCUGGAAUGCUGUACCCUCUCAGAGACCCACAUUCAAACAGCUGGUGGAGGAUCUAGAUCGCUGCCUGGCCAUGACGGCCAACCAGGAGUAUCUGGAGCUGUCAGUGCCUCUGGACCAAUAUUCCCCCAGCUACCCGGACACCCGCAGCUCCACCUGCUCCUCCGGCGAGGACUCGGUCUUCUCCCACGACGCCGGAGCCGAGGAGCCCUGCCUGCCAAAGUUCCCACCCCACUCCAACGGGGCAGCCAUUAAGAAACGCUGAUACCUCAUCUCCAUUCAGACAAACAUUGACAUUUCCUCCGCUCCCUGCCUCAUGGGGUUGGACUCUUCCCCACAUUCCCAGAGAUGAAGCUAAAUAAAAAAAAAAAGAAAAGAAAAGGAAAAACAACAUAAAAACACUGGUGCUCUGUUGAGAAAGAAAGCCCGGAGGACACCUCGUAGAACUUAUCGGAUCACGUGGACUGAAGAGCGCAGCCCGGUGACGAUGUUUAUGGGGCACUUUGUAUUAACGGGAGUUUGUCUGCGGCGUCGGGGCGGGAGGAGGGAGGGAGGAGGGUAAAAACUCUCCUCUUUGGGCAUUCCACGGGUCGGGAGAAUCGAAAAAGGACUGACGAUUUGUCAGGUUUUUGUUGUUGUUGUUGUUGUUGUUGUUGUUUUUCCCUUCAUGGUUGUUUUUUUUUUUUUCAGUCGUAGCGAAAGGCAACGUUCUGCUUUUCAGACCAAAAUCCAGAGAAUCCACCACCAACGGACACGCAGCAUCAUUCACUUACCCUCUUGUACAUACAGUUAGAAAAUUAUAAAUAUGAAUAUAUAUUUACAUUGUACUCUUAUUUUUAUUACAUAAUGAUUUAUUUUCUUUUGUACAAGGAUGCUUUUUUUGUUUGAUCCAUUUUUUAAUAUAGUCUGUAGGGGCAGUUGUUACAUGAGAAUAUCUUUAAAUUGCUGAGGAUUACAUGGCCAGUUUGUCCCCCCCCCUCCCCUAAAAUUUACUGCAUAAUCAUCAAUGGAAAAUAUAUAUAUUGGGUUUUCUAUUUUUUAACUGUACGUGCUUUUCAUGACACAAGCUGAAAUACAGUGUAAGUCAGUGUUUGGGGUUUCUGGUCAGUGGACUUUGCAGCUUUUCAGACUACCGUUUAUAAAUAUGGGGAACAAAAUGGGUCUUUUUCUUUCAUUUUCUGUCUUAUUUUUAAAAGAAAAAAUGGAAAAGAGGUAGUUUUUGUUGUGUUUUUACAAACAAAAUGGAGAAAACGGGCUGUUUUCUGGUUUUCUGUCUUAGUUUCAAAAUAAAAGCUCAGAAAACAGGUCGUUUUUUUCAUUUUCUGUUUAUUUUUUAGACAAAAAAACAGAAGAAUUAAAUUUUUUUUGUUUUUACGUAUUUUUUUUUCAGAACAAAAUACGUAAAACAAGUCGUUUUCUGUUUUUUUGUCUUUCAUGUUUGUAAAAACAAACGAUCGGAAACGGCUAAAAACAAAAAUCUGUUGGCCUCAAAGUCCACUGACUGUUCCCUCCAGCAGAAAUGGAUUAUACAUAGUGUGUGUGUGUGUGUGUGUGUGUGUGUGUGUGUGUGUGUGUGUGUGUGUGUGUGUGUGUGUGUGUGUGUGUGUGUGUGUGUGUGUGUGUGUGUGUGUGUGUGUGUGUGUGUGUGAGAGAAUGUGUUGUUUCUUUUUAUCUUGUCUCAUCCAAAAUUGUUCAUUUCCUUUAAGGAUGGUCUCAACUGUAAAUAUUCCUGGUUGUACGCCAUGCUUGUUAAAAUCCAGAGUGAUUUCAGUCAACGUCGUGCACUUCCACUGUGCAUGCCUUCCUUCCAUGUGAUGAACUUUCUUUCUACUGUAAACGCUUUAACAGGAGUUACGUUCGCUGCCGUAUGACUUCUGACGAAGGGGUUGCAGAACACGUAUGUCAUCGUAAAAAAGGAUUACAUUAAAUAAAAAUGCUAUCGAAAAACAAA